AUGAAGACCGACGCGGCCGCAAACGACGAAGCCUGCUGUACUUGUGCGAAGCUCCUCCGCUCCGUUCCCCGGUACAGCACCGCCACCGAGAAGCCUCUCCCGGACGACAGGCGGCUCGGGUGUUGCGCUCGUGUAAUCUGCGGAAGCUGUAUCCAUGAUAACUCCCGGUUCGCAUCCUACUGCCCGUACUGCCAGACGUCCUCGGCACCCUCGACGCUACCCCCGAACCUCAAGGACCCGCCGUCGUACACCUCCUCCCAACCAACCCACCACCUCUCCUCCGGCGCCUCGGCGGCCCCGCCCCCGCCGUACUCGUACUCCUCAACCGACGCCGGCGCCGACGCAUCCCUCGACGAGAAAAGCGCAUCCUCGCCCUCGACCGCGACGCCGCCCGAGGACACCCUGCACUUCCUGAACCACGACCACGACACAAUCGCCUCGCUCUCCCUCCGCUACGGCGUGCCCGCGGCCGUUCUCCGACGCGCAAACAACAUCACCAGCGACCACCUCCUCCAGGGCCGCCGCACGGUGCUCAUCCCGGGCGAGUACUACGCCGCCGGCGUCAGCCUCUCCCCGCGGCCGAUCGAGGGCGAAGAGGAGGAGCUUCGCAAGAGCCGCAUCCGGCGGUUCAUGACGGGGUGCAAGGUAUCCGACUACGACGUCGCCGUGCUGUACCUCGAGCAGGUCGGCUACGACCUCGCCGCGGCGAUGGAGGCAUACGCCGACGACGAGGCGUGGGAGAAGAGCCACCCCGUCCAGGACGGCGGGGGUAAGAAGAAGACCAAAGCUGCGCCGCCGCGCAAUCGGGGACCCUUUUGGAGAGGAUCUGCCUAA